CCUGUCAUGAUGUCACGUCUGGUGCCAUAUGUCCUUGAGCAUGCUGGAAUGGAUAAAACGGCAAUGAACCUACUCGUCACAGUGCCCAACAGUUCCGCUUAGCGCAUCGCUUUAGAUAGGAGUUGUGGUUGGGUGCUGUAGACUCAUGAGUGCCCCUACCACGCUGGGCAUGAGACCAGAGCCUACUACUAUCCAGGGUGGAGUGAGUAGCCUGACCUCAGGCCCUCUAUGUAUUUUUAUUUUAGUUUUUGCCCUGCAGGGCUGACCCUUCUCUCCCUUGUAUAGUUCAGGGAGAAGAGGAGUCCUCUUCUAAAGUUAAAUCCAGGAAAAGUGUGGCACAAUGUUUGGUGUGGUGGUUGUCGGGAUUGGUAUCGCAGGAUCUGUGAGGAUCAGAGACCUCCUUAACCCUCUGCCAUCCAGCCCUUCGGAAAGUCUGAAACUUCAAGGCUUUGUGUCUCGGAGGGAUCUUGGCGAGUGUAAUGGUGUAAGGCAGAUCAGCCUGCAGGAGGCGCUUCAGAGUAACGAGAUUGAUGCGGCUUUCAUUUGUACAGACAAUCGGAACCACGAGCAGAGCGUCAGGAGUUUCCUGGAGGCUGGUAAGCAUGUUCUUAUAGAGUAUCCGAUGGCCCUGUCUGAGCAGACCGCACAGGACAUGUGGCAGUUGGCCGAGCAGAAAGGUAAAGUCUUACAUGUGGAACACAUUGAGCUUCUUACAGAAGAAUUCAAGCAGCUGAAAAAGGAAGUAGAUGGCAAGGAACUGGUGGAUGGAGUCCUGCAUUUCACUGGUGGACCCGUAGAUGAGCAGAAAUCUGGGUUCCCGUCCUUUAGUGGUAUUGCCCGGUUAACGUGGCUGGUAGAUCUGUUUGGAAAUCUGACUGUUACCUCGGCCAGGAAAGAAGAGAAUGAAAAGGAGAAGUCCAGCAAGCUGACUGCACAUUUCACUACUGCGGAGAACAGACCACUCACGUGGAUUGAAGAAAGAGCUCCAGGCUUGAAACGGGAGAAAAAAGUGCAAUUUACAUUUAAGUCUGGUAUCCUGGACACCUUAACUCCAGCCCCUAGAGCCGCUGUGGGGCCCUUUAUGCAAGAUCAGAACCUGUUUGCACAAAAACUUCUGGGACAGGUACCCAAGGAGAUGCUAGCAGCGGAGAAGAGGCGCAUCCUGCACUGCCUUGAUUUGGCUGAAAAGAUAAAACACUAUUGUCAGCACUGAGUGUACAACAUUUGCAAUACCCAGACAUGGGACAAAAAUGGCAGCCAAAAGAGAUUGCACACUAUAGAAUGAAACAUUGUGCUUACUUGUUAGAAAAGAGAGCUUCUUAAAGCCAUUGUUAUCUUUAAACGAUAUUUUUGGGAUUUUGCUUCGUCUGAAGGAUUGUAUACUUUUAGGCUGUCCUGCGCUUUUAAAAAAAAAAAAAAAGUAAAACUAUUUGCUCCCGAUCCAGCUGUACCUGUAUAUCCAUACUCGUCUGCUCCUUUCUGGUUCCCUGGCUCUCUUCACUAGGCUUCCGCUCCCAGUCUGUCUGACUGGCUUAAGUGGUGACCUGCCCCCAAGCGGCACAUUACCCAGCAGUGAUGUGCUACUUGGGGAUAUGUCAUUGUUGAGGCCACUUAUUGGUUGCGGUGGUGCACAUCACACUGUCUGUCUGUGAGGAAACUGAAAGACGGACCGGAACACCUUUGAAGAGAACAACUGAGUUGGAACGGAAUGAUGGGGAGCAAAUGAGUAUUGAUUUCUCCAUAGGUACAGCAGGUUCGCAUCCUGUUGCCACUCCAUAUUUAUUUACAGUCUGACUGUGGAUUGAUUGAGUCCAAACUCUUUAGAGAAGGUUUUGUAACCUUUUCCAACCUUAUGAGUAACAACAACUCUUCUUCUGAGGUCCCCAGAAAUCUCCUUUUGUUUGUGCCAUGAUACACUUCCACAAACAUGUUGUGAAGAUUAGAGUUGGGUAGAUCCCUGUUCUUGACAUAAAAAAGGUCAACCACUCACACCUGAUUGUCAUUCCACUGAUUGAAAACACCUAAUUUCACCUUGAAACAGUCAUUUUACAGCUUCAAAUCAUCUGCUAAUCCUUAAAUUACAUAUUGUUGUGCACGAGCACUCCCUCCCGGCUGCGGCCACCUCGUCUGUGCUUUGAGCAUUUCCCUCAAGCUCAGCUACAGGGCAUGCUCUACAGUCCUGUAGUCGUGCUAUACGCAUAAAGAUCAGGCUAAUUACUGGUGGAGGGGGCUUUAUAUGAUAUGGACCUUAUUACUGGGGGAGGGGCAAUACAUCUGAUGACAUGACGUUUUGGGAUCAUAGCGAUAAGAUGACAGGGCAGGGAUUGGGACAAUAAAUGGCGUGAUUUAAUGGAAAGGGGCAACUUGAAAACAAUGAAUGAACAAAACAUGAAGGGGGAACGUGUUUUACAUGACACAGAAACUAAUAAGUGCCGCUGUAUGUUCCACCAUUUGAUUCAUGUUGUAAUUUUAGAUUUAUAUCUCUGAAGUAGAGCAUUUUCAGGCCCACGAUUUUCAUUACCUACACUAUUUCUGAAGUGCUUUCUAUUUCUGUUUAGAUUCCCCAGCCCAGUAAGUAAAAAAAACAAAAACGGACUUUCCGCUCACUGCGUCAGAAUUAUCCUAUGACACUUGCGCUCAGCAGCUGUCUCCGAUUUUGUUGGUGGCCUGGGGUUUAGGGUUUUGUACCUAGUCAAGAGAUGCCUUCAUACAGGUAUGCACAGCUGGUAGAGCAUUUCUAGCUGCUGAAGUAGAAUUCCAUUUUUCAGCUGUGAGGAAAUGAUUCAAAGAUGCUCAUGUAAUGACCUAAAGGAGCACCCCAGCUCUGCGUGCAUUCUGUGGCGUGAUUGAGGCUCAGCGAAUAGGCUUUCCAGCUUGCUGUUGAUUUAAAGGGAACCUGUCAUCAGCGGCUCAUCACUCAUGAACUAAAAGUAUGUGGUUGCCGAGAACCAUCUUGGUAAUCAUCACAGCCUGUGUAAGAGUCUCGUUCUUUAUAAGCUCCUUCUCUCCCCGACCAACCAGAGAUGUGGCCGUUGUCUUCUUAGAUUUUUCCCUAGGAAAAACUGCUAAAUAGUUGGCGGUGAUAGCGAGACAUCAUGAAUAAUGUGAAUCUUCUCAGGCACCCAUGACUCUUUAUCAGGCCUGGCUGCAAUCAUUAUUAAACUGAUUCUCGCCAACCAGUUACUUUCAACUCAUGAGUGACACACUGUUGAAAUCAGCUCAGCUGUCACUACUGUAUACCAUUUUUUAU